CUUUCCUUGACCUACUUCAUAAUUUCCAAAUUUCCAAUUUCAGAUUGUGUUGCUGAAGAAGAAAGAGAAGGCUUUACUCUCUGCGAAUUUCUCACUCUCUCUCUCUCUCACUCACUCACUCUCUCUCUUCAGGAUUAUUACCGCGUUACUAUUUGCUUGUUUGAUUCAUUAAGCCUUUGAAGGUGAGGCUUGCUUAUUCAACUAUGGGAGAUAGUGAAACAGUAGUUGCCGAAGCACUUGCAGCUGAGACACAUGCUGCUGCUGGGUUUGGUGACUCUGCCUCGAACCCUACUCAGGAAGCAGCUUCUACUGUUGCUGAGCCUGCUGCAGAGGCUGCUACUCAAGCCAAUUCAGCUUAUGCCUUAGGUUAUUCGAAUACUGGCGACGGGAAUGCUUAUGCUGGGGAUCCUAAUGCUAUGCAACCAGAAGCCCAAACCAAUUCAAUGGAGGAUUCCAAGCAAGGUACUGAAGCUCCAAGUGGGCUUGGAAAUGCAGCUACAGGCUCAAGUCAAGUAAAUGGUGGUCCAGUGGGUGCAAUAGCAGAUGCAACAGGACUUGAAAAUGGGAAUGCAUUAGGGAACACUGAUGGAUCGGCUGAUGAGAAACAGCUUGCGGAUGGUUAUGCUGCCAUGUCUGCUGAAGAAGAUCGACUGUGGAAUAUUGUAAGAGCUAAUUCUUCAGAUUUUACGGCUUGGACUUCCUUGAUCGAAGAGACAGAGAAGGUGGCCGAGGAUAACAUUCUGAAGAUUCGAAGAGUUUAUGAUGCUUUUCUAGCUGAGUUUCCCUUAUGUUAUGGUUAUUGGAAGAAAUAUGCUGAUCAUGAGGCACGGCUUGGCUCUGUCGAUAAAGUUGUUGAAGUUUAUGAACGUGCUGUUCAAGGUGUUACCUAUUCAGUGGACAUGUGGUUGCAUUAUUGCAUAUUUGCUAUAAGCACGUAUGGGGAUCCAGACACUGUGCGUAGAAUGGGUGCAACAGUGAUAUCUUCCUUUUCUGGCGGAAAAGCUUUGAUAGGAUUGCUUUUUGAACGAGGAUUAGCUUAUGUUGGAACAGAUUAUCUUUCUUUUCCUCUUUGGGACAAGUACAUUGAAUAUGAGUACAUGCAGCAAGACUGGGCCCGUCUUGCCAAUAUCUACACUAGAAUAUUAGAGAAUCCAAAUCAGCAACUGGAUCGAUAUUUCAACAGCUUCAAGGAGUUAGCUGCAAAUCGACCUCUUUCAGAGCUACAAACUGCUGAUGAAGCUGCUGUAGUGGCAGGUGCUGCUUCAGAGGCUGCUGACCAAACUGUUGAGGGAGAGGUUCGUCCUGAUGGUGCAGAAAAUUCUCCUAAACCUGUAAGUGCUGGAUUAACAGAAGCAGAAGAGUUGGAGAAGUAUAUCGCCAUUAGAGAAGAGAUGUAUAAGAAAGCUAAAGAGUUCGAUUCUAAGAUCAUUGGUUUUGAAACAGCUAUCAGGAGGCCAUACUUUCAUGUACGGCCACUCAAUGUUGGAGAGCUUGAAAAUUGGCAUAAUUAUCUGGAUUUUAUAGAGAGGGAAGGUGACUUAAGCAAGAUUGUCAAGUUAUAUGAGAGGUGUGUCAUUGCAUGUGCCAAUUACCCUGAGUACUGGAUACGCUAUAUUUUGUGUAUGGAAGCCAGUGGAAGUAUGGAUCUUGCAAAUAAUGUGCUUGCUCGGGCAACCCAAGUCUUUGUCAAGAGGCAACCUGAAAUACAUCUUUUUUCUGCUCGGUUUAAGGAGCAGUCUGGAGAUAUAGCUGGUGCUAGAGCUGCCUAUCAACUUGUUCAUACUGAAAUUUCUCCUGGUCUUCUUGAAGCAAUAAUCAAGCACGCGAAUAUGGAACAUCGACUGGGAAAGUUGGAGGAUGCCUUCUCUUUGUAUGAACAAGCCAUUGCCAUUGAAAAGGGAAAAGAACAUUCCCAAACAUUGCCGAUGCUGUUUGCUCAAUUUUCUCGAUUUGUCUAUUUGGCUUCUGGGAAUGCAGAAAAGGCAAGACAGAUUCUAGUUGAAGGGGUUGAGAAUGUUAUGAUGUCGAAACCGCUACUUGAGGCUUUAUUGCAUUUUGAGGCUAUUCAGCCCCCACCAAAGCGAGUUGAUAUGAACUAUUUGGAGUCAUUGGUAGUCAAAUUUAUAAUGCCUAACCCUGAGAGUCCUGGUGUUGUAAGUGCAGCUGAGCGGGAGGAACUUUCUAGCAUUUUUUUGGAGUUUUUGAAUCUCUUUGGAGAUGUCCAAUCUAUCAAGAGGUGUGAGGAUAGGCAUGCCAAAUUGUUCUUGCCACACAGGAGCAUGUCAGAGUUAAAAAAACGUCAUGCUGAGGACUUUUUAGCUUCAGAUAAAGCAAAAAUGGCAAGAUCUUAUUCUGUUCCAUCAGCUGCCCAAUCUGCAGUGGGUGCAUAUCCAAAUGCACAGAAUCAGUGGGCUAAUUAUGGUGUACAACCUCAAGCUUGGCCACCAGCCACACAGGCACAACAGUGGCCUGCUGGCUACACUCAGCCGGCUUCAUAUGGGGCUUAUGCUGGAUAUGGAGCUAACUAUCCAAAUUCUCAGGUGCCUGCAUCAGUUCCACAAAAUACUGCUUAUGGAGCCUAUCCAGCAGCAUAUCCGGUACAGCCGGCCGUUCCCCAGCAAAGUUAUGCACAACCUGCAGCGGCUGUGGCUUCUGCAGCGGCUGUGGCUCCUGCUCAGCAACCUGCUGCAGUUCCUCAAGCCUAUUACGGGAGUUAUUACUGAGCUGCCUAAAUGAAAUGGCUCCUGUUUCUUCGUGUAUUUUGUUUUUCUCUUGGGUCUUCAUAUUGUAGGUUAGAUAUUAGGGAGUUUGGAGCAUAGUUGUAGUGAGCUCAAGUUUAUACCCAUUGAAGAUAGUAGAAUAUGAUUUUGAUUAACCUGCAAUUAUUAGUCACGUUGAUUCCAUAAAAGAUGUCUAUUUUUUCCUCUA